AUGAAGUACUUUUCUGAUAAGAACCUUCACCAGCUAUCACGACGGUCACCGGAUCCGAACAAACAAGAACCAAUCGCCAUCAAACUGGAUCCAGUCACCGCAAACCGUCAAUCGUUGGAUCAAGUGAUCCAACGGUUCCCAGAAACAGCGUCAGGGAGCCUCACAUCUGUCUCAAGAUCCACAACGAGUUCGAAUCUCAAAUCAAAGGAACCAAUCAGUAUAAAGUGGAAAUGGGCCCAAAUAGAAGCUAGACCUCAUCCUGAAAGCCCAUGGGCCCCACCAGUCACCGUCUCCGUUCCUGCUGCCACGUCACUCCCCACCAUCCCCUAUAUAAAUCCCUUCACUAUCGCGGCACCGAGGUCCUCCACUCAUGGCCGCGAUCGCCGGAGCUACCGACGACGAUCCCCGCCGGUUGGUGUCAAUCCUCUGAUACCUUGCUUCUGCUUCAGCAUGGAGCGCUAUCGUCCCCACCGAUCCCCCCAGCCGGAUCGCUUUCUCAGCAUCUUCUCACGCUCGGACCCUGUUGCGCCGGCCAUCAAUGGCGGACUUGGAGUCGAGCUCCUCGAGGAUGAAGUCCUAUGGACUGUCUCCGAUUCCCCCGAGAUGAUCCGUUCUCCUAGAACCCCAUCUCCCUCCAUGCCGUCUGCCCUGGACCCUAGAGCGUCCCCCUUCAGCCGAAUACCGGGAAGGAACUCCGGGAUCUUGGUUGCUCUUGCUGAGGAGGAGAAUAAGCAGCUCUCUGCCGCUGUCGGUCCUUUUCUUCAACGCAAAGCUUCGAUCUCUGCUUCUUCAGCGUCCACCUCACCAUCGUCCAUGUCUUCAGUUAGAAUGAUCCCGACAAUCCCCAAGCUUAAACCAGAUUACAACGAUGGUAAUAUGCUCCACCAGUCGGUACCGGUGAACAUCCCGAUGAUUCCGAGUAUGGCGAAGCACAGGCCGGAGGCGAACGGCAGGGGAGCAGAUGCUGGUGAUGUAGUGGAUGGAGAUGACGAUGAGAUGCUUCCGCCACACGAGAUCAUUGCGAGGAGGUCUGGCGUGGAGUCCCCGAUGACGACAUUCUCGGUGCUGGAGGGUGUAGGGAGGACACUCAAGGAGCGACCUGCGCCGCGUGAGGAACGCUGUGUGGCGCAAGACAGAAACUUUGGAUGAAGUCUCAUUACUGCACCGAAAAUGCUUCUAAGGCUGCCCAUUCUUCACAUAGCUAACAAAUGUAGUUUGAUUUGCUGAUCUUGACUUCAGUUCUUACAAUGGAGUAGUCAGAUUUACUUGUUGUCAGUUGGACAUUGAUGGUACUGUCAUCCGGAGAACAGAACUAUGAUGAUAACAGAGACUUCAUCAGUUGUACAAUAACUAGGAUUGGCUUUCUGCUAUGGACCUGCAAUUCUCGCUAUUUUCUGCGACUCGAGUUGAUGCUGUCCCCAGAACUGGCUGUUCAUUGACUUUAGAUGCAUAAGCCAUUCAUUGCUGUAAGAACAAGUGGCUCUCAUUUUGAUUGAAGGGAAAAAAAGAAACAGGUAUUUUUUUUUUUUUUUACGCAUCUUAUUCCAUUUGAUCAAUAGAAUGCUACAUCUUUGGAUUUAUUCUUCAUUGAUGCUCCCCAACUACUUGUUUCACCAUGGCAUCUAUAUAUCCCCCUAUCUUCAAGGCAAGUCUAUAUAACUACAAUCAAAAGACCUUAUAAAUUAGGCUUCACUUGAAUCAUGAAAAUCUCACAACCACAACCAUGGAGUAGUUGUAGAUUUAAAUGCUCUUUGCUCCCCAUUGAGUGCCACUGCCAGUGAUGAGUCAUUAUUCAAACAGUGUCACUUGUAGAACCUUCUUAUUAGGUGUGUAUAAUACCAGGACCACAAUUAGUCCCAAAAAAAUAUAGUUUUCUGAAAAAGAAGCGUUGCUAAGAUUAGAAUGAUAUGCUUUUUUUAUGUGACAUAUGAGUAGAUUUUUAUAAAACAGAACUUUUACUUUUAGAGAGCAAAGUUUUAUUCCCUAAAACAUAUAUGCAUCCUAAACAGAUAGAGAAAAGCUUUUGUCUUCUGAAAUAUGUGGAUGAACAUGGUUAAAUAAAAAAUUGAAAAAAAAAAA